CACGAGCAGGCAGGAAGAUGGCGGCGAGCUGGCUGUGUGGCUCUGGUGCCCUGAGAGCGGUGUGGCGAGGGAAUGUGCUCAGGUAUUUGGAAAGCUCAUUAUUACUUAAUUGGAAGAAUUGUAAAGUUUGGAGAAGAAUUAAUUGGUCUAUUGGUGAAGUAGUAUUUGAGGUGUGACAAGAUUCAUAAACGAGGCUGUCUCUCGUUACCAGUGAAUAGGAGUGGCUGUCACUAUAUGAACCUGGCAUGGGCUCUACAGACUCGUUCUUACAUUUCUGCUCCAUGUAGCGUGACAAUACAACAAUGCAGGCAAAGCAGCUUUUUCAACAAAUUGACAGCUGAUGAGCUGUGGAAAGGGGUUUUGGCAGAGACCGGUGCUGGAGCAAGGAAAGGAAGAGGAAAGCGAACCAAGAAAAAGUUCAGGAGGGAUCUCAAUAGAGGCCAGAUCAUUGGAGAAGGACGUUCUGGUUUCCUUUGGCCUGGUCUUAAUACUCCUGUAAUGAAAAGUGGGGCAGUCCAGACAAUUGGUCAGCGAGACAAAGAGGAGCAGGAGAAGGUGCAGUCUGAAAUUAUCCGGCAGAGGGAUGAGUGGGAGAAGAGAAGAAAAACAAAGGUGAAGAGAGAGAGAGGCUGGACUGGAAAUUCCUGGGGAGGCAUCAGUCUGGGGCCCCCUGAUCCAGGUCCUAAUGGAGAAACUUAUGAAGACUUUGACUCCAGGAUAAUUGAGGUGAAAAAUGUAUUUAAUAUGACAGCAAAGGAGGGAAGAAGAAGAUCAGUUAGUGCCCUUGUGGUUGUUGGAAAUGGAAACGGGGCUGCAGGUUUUGCAGUGGGGAAAGCAAGUGACAGGAUGACAGCUUUAAGAAAAGCAAAGAACAGAGCAAUUCACUAUUUACACUAUGUAGAGCGAUAUCAAAACCACACAAUUUACCAUGAUAUUUCAACAACUUUUAAAAGAACAACCAUCCGGAUGAAAAAGCAAAACAAAGGGCAUGGUCUUCAUUGCCAUCGAGCCAUCAUUACCAUCUGCAAACUAAUUGGCAUUACAGACCUGUAUGCCAAACUUUCUGGAUCGAACAACCUACUUAACCUCACCAGAGCUCUCUUUAAGGGUUUAGCAAAACAGGAAACCCAUCAAGAGCUAGCAGAUAAGAAAAACCUCUACGUGGUAGAAUUCCGUGAGGAGUGUGGCCCCCUGCCUAUCAUAGUUGCUUCACCUAAUGGAGAUGUCAGGAAGGAACCAGAGCCUGUGGAUGAGGUUCCUAAUACCAAGCUGGAAUGGAGCGAACUGAGAAUAGCUCAAGGAAUGAAACGCUCUUCCUGGGCAAAUGUCAAAAGGACAGUGUGGUGAAGAGCUGGCAUCUGCCCGUGCCAAUAUUCAAAGAGGUACCACCACACAA